GUCACGUGACGGCUCCGUUUGUGCGUACGCGGCCGAGCGGGAUGUGAAGAUGGCGGACGGGCAGGAGGAGCUGGAACGGGCCGCGGAGAGCGGGACCGGGCUGGGGGACAGACACGGCGCCCUCAUGGAGCUGUCAGUGCGGCUGCAGAGGCUGGAGGUUCCGCUGCGGGAGCGGGAGCGGCGCGCCGAGGAGUCCGCCGAGUACUGCAGGGCCUUCUGCACGACGCUGCUGGAGUACGUGGGACAGUGGAGGUGUGAUGAAGACCCUGCGCCUGUUCUGGAGGGUUACACUGUGGCCCUGCUGAGUUUCGCCAGAGCGUCCACUCACCUCUCUCCGCAGUGCGAGAACGUCCCCGACCUCCUCGAAAAACUCUCGCUGAGUUGCGUGGAGCUGCUGCUUUCCAUAUCUAACACUUUUCCAGAAGCAUUAUGGGAGCAGUUUCAAUCUUCUGUGGAGAUGGCCCAUUCACUCCUGCUGCAGAACGGCAUCCCUCAGCUCAGACUGCUGUUUGCAGUCACUCGAGAAAGAGGCCUGUGGGCCAACAGCACACUACAGAGCAUUCUCAACAACGAGACGCCUCAAGAAGAAAAGAUCUACGAGUUCUUCACCCGUGAGGGCCCUGAGCUGCUGCACAUGCGAGUGAAGUACCUUAUUAAAGAGAACUUCAUGGACAAGGCUGCGCUGCUGGCGAAAGCCUGCGCCGAUUUCCCCGAGUUUGACGGAGGGAGGGUCCAGUUCAAGCAGAUUUAUCUUGUUUGCCUGUGCACUGUUGCUCCACAGCAAACAUUGAUGGAAGAGCUGUCAAAGGUGGACUGUCGGGAUGCUCUGGAAAUGAUUUGCAACCUGGAGGCGGAAGGAGAUGAGAAAGGAGCGUUCACACUGUGCUCGGGCUUUCUGAGCAGACAGCUCCUCCAGGAGGACACCUACUGUGCUUGGGAAUUAACCCUUUUCUGGAGCAAACUUCUGAAACGAUUAGAGCCUUCAGAGCAAGGGUUUCUAGAGAGAUGCCUGCAGAUGUCUCGCCUGGCCAAAACGGUGUUCCACCUUCUGUUUUUCAUAAAAGUUAUCCAGUCAGAGUUGGACAAGACUGGAUUGCCAACCUGCAUUGAGAUGUGUAUACGUGCUCUCCGAAUGGAGUCGUGUGAGGGAGCUAACAAGGCUACCAUCUGCAAAACCAUCUCGUGCCUAUUGCCUGCUGACCUGGAAGUGAAACGAGCUUGCCAGCUGACUGAGUUUCUUCUAGAACCGACAGUUGACUCGUACUACGCCGUGGAGACACUUUACAACGAGCCAGAUCAGAAGCUUGAGGAGGAGAGCCUUCCAAUACCGAACUCUCUACGUUGUGAACUACUUCUAGUUUUUAAAACCCAAUGGCCAUUUGACCCUGAGUUCUGGGACUGGAAGACACUAAAGCGCCAUUGCUUAGGUCUAAUGGGCGAGGAGGCAUCUAUUGUGUCGUCCAUCGAUGAGCUAAAUGACGACCAUCCUGAAGAGCAGGAUGAUCUGGCCUUGCCUCCGGAGUUCAAAGACGUUUCCGAAUACUUUCUGGAUGCUACAAAUGAACUUAAGGAAAUAGCAGACCAGAGACAGAAGAAUAGAGAAAUGAAAAAGUUGAGGGAGAAAGGGUUUGUGUCAGCCAGGUUUAGAAAUUGGCAAGCUUACAUGCAAUAUUGUGUUUUGUGCGAUAAGGAAUUUCUUGGUCACAGGAUAGUGCGUCAUGCUCAGACUCACUUCAAAGAUGGGUACUACAGCUGUCCGAUCUGUUUAGAGACUUUUGAAACAAGAGAGACUUUGGACCCACACGUGGCAUCUCAUGUAAAAAUGUCUUGCAAAGAGCGCCUUGCUGCAAUGAAAACCACUAAGAAAUUGGCAAGCGAAAAGGCUGCGGCUCCCGCUGUUUCUACACUGAAAGCCAAAACAGGAGAAAAUCAGGCACGAAAGACCAAGACAAAAAACAACUGCAAUGGAGACUUUGACAGCCUGUACAAUGGAGAUGCAGUGGGCCCUCCGACUGCAGUUGCUGGUGUCAAAGGGGCUGGAAAAGAGGGUAACAUUUGCCCUGUUCCGCACUGCAGGAAGGGAUUUAAGUACUUCCGCAAUCUUCUUGCCCAUGUGAAAGAUCACGGUGAAGUCGAAGAGGCAAAACGCUUCCUUGAAAUGCAAAACUCGAAGAUAGUUUGUCAGUAUUGCCGUCGACAGUUUGUUAAUGUCAAUCACCUCAAUGACCAUCUUCAGGUCCAUUGUGGAACUAAGCCUUAUAUUUGCAUUCAGUUGAAUUGUAAAGCUAGCUUCGACUCCAAUGCUGAGCUUCUCAUGCACAGAAAAGAGCAUCCAGUCUUCAAGGCAAAGUGCAUGUUUCCUGGCUGUGGAAAGAUUUUCAGUGAGUCUUAUAAACUCUACGACCACGAGGCGCAGCAUUAUAAAACGUUCACUUGCAAAGUGCCUGGGUGUGGUAAAGUAUUUCAUGCUCAGUCUCAGUUAGAUUUGCACGAGGAGAGCCAUAACGCUAAGAAAGUAGAGGCAGAAAUCCCUGAGAGCCAAAGUGCUUAUCCUGUAGAGCCUCUUCCAGACCAGUCCAGUCAGCCCAGUAAGGAAGCUGUUCAGCAGGACAUCUUUCCAGGGCCACCGUUACACUCCAGCUGCUCAUUGAGCCCUUCACAUCACCCACUUAGCCUAGUGAAAGUGAAGCACUCCAUUGAAAACAUGCUUAGUUCUGCUGGUCCAGGAUCCACGCAGGCAUUUGACCCUGGAACGCAUAAACUUGAACCACCUGAUCCAGAUCUUAUUCAACAGCAGAUCUCGCACAUGGAUAACCAAGUGAUCCAGCCUCCUGUGAACCCCGUACCUCCCUUGAAUGAACCCAGACCAGAGGAUUCCCUCCUGGAUGUGCUGAUGAAUGACCCAGUCCUUUCUGUACCAUGCCCAGUUCCUCCAACAUCCACUUAUCAGAACAUUCUAGAGGACUAUCAGUCAGCUCCCUCAAGGGAUGUGUUGCAAGGACAAAUGCAGGGUACCGUAUCGCAAACUCAUGACCUGCCUUUGUAUAACAAUAGCCAUUCUGAAUAUGGACAAUAUAGUCCUAAUCCCAUAGCCCAAGUUCAAGCACAGUAUCAAGCCCCAUAUGGAAAUAACAUGACAUCCUUAACACAGAGUGCCCAUACUAAUGCCACAGUAAUGCCAGUGUCUCACAGGCUUCCCCCACAAGUGACUCCCUUUCCCACCAACAUGCAGGUCUCUGAGAGCAGAACAGCACAGCCGCUGCACACAAACAGCCUUGGACCUGCAGCAGAGCAGAAAGAAAAAUUCAAAUGUGCAUAUGAAAAUUGUUCUAGGGAAUAUUGCUCCUAUAGAAGUCUAACCAAGCACAUGAAAGCUACUCACCCUGAGUUUUAUACCCAGUGGAAACUAGCAAGAAAGAACAGUAAGAUGCAUCAGACUGCAAGCACAUCUGUGUCCAUGAAUGGAAAUCCAAAUUCAGUUGCAUCCUUACAAAACCAGCGGGGUCAAAGAAUUCCUGCCCCUAUAACACACAUGCACAACGCUGCUGGCCGGUCUGCCUACCCAGCAAGCUGUGCUAGUUCCAGUUAUCCCUCAGUCUCUUCCCAUUUAGCAGCUCCCACUGGCCAGCCGUUCCCCAACCAAAUGGAGAGUAUAUUAGACCCCAUUGUGCUGUCACAGUUGGGAAGCACUUCGAGUCAGUCCCAUAUAGCACUUGACCCUACAUGGAAUUCUGUCUCAGUGAACAGUUCACUUCAGCAGCGAACCUGCCAGUCACAAGCAGUGACUUCAAACGUUGAUGUCCUUUCGAGCAAUCACUUCUCCUCGCUGAUGAAUACAGUUUCACAAAGCCAAGGGACAGAUGUCCAGCAUCAAGGAAUGGUCUAUCCUUCUUUACAGCCUCAAAGUAAUUCUACAUGUAAUUUCAUCCCUUCCCAAACAGACGGUGCCCAGAAGAUAAACAGUCCAACUGUACCUAGCCACCCUAUCAAUUCCGCUGCAUCUUCAUACACCCAGCAGCCCAAGAGCAAUUCUUUUUCAAAACAUCCCGAGUGUGUGGUAAAACUGGAGAGGAACCCAGGUUUAGGUGUGCCACCUCUAAACAAUUCCCAACAAAACACUUCCACUGUGGAGAAUGCUCAAGAUGAUGUUGGCAGUUCAACAAGUGACGGUGACAUAAAAAGAGCAAAAAGAAGCAGAAGAACAAAGUGGCCUGCCAUCAUUCGAGAUGGGAAGUUCAUUUGCUGUAGGUGCUUUAGAGAGUUCCAGAGUCCUAAGUCACUUGGAGGGCAUUUGUCUAAACGUGCUCAUUGCAAAGCCUUUGAUGAAGCUGACCUAACUGCAGAUCUCCCCGCAUCGUUUCUUGAACUUCUGAACUCCCCUGUGAAUGCUCCCCAGCCCAGUUCUUCUGUGCAUGAAAAUUCCAACCAACCACUGCAUAUAGUGAAUAAAGGUCCACUUGACCCAAAGUUAUUCCCCAAUGUCACUUUUCUACAUGGCAAGGAUUCCCCUUACACUAGCAAUAGUAAACCAAACACUGAGAUCAUCAAACAAAAAUCUUCAAAUCUUUGUGAGUCUGUUGGAGUUGGGCAGCAGACAUUUACAAAUACAUCAGCGUCUUACCCUCAAGAUGGCCAAAGCAGUGUGAUUCAGCACACUGGCAAUAUCAAGGAAAAUAAUCAGCAUCAAAUCAGUUACACGCAGCCCUGCAGUUCCUUGUAUACAGACAGUGAUCUCUCGGAUCCACUUCUGUCUCGUUUGCUAGGUGAAGACAACUCUUCUGCCUCAGUUAACAGGGUUCCCACUGAUCAUAUUGACAGAAUUCUUCAAACUGAGACGCUAAACAAGAUAAAGGAGAUCAAAGACAAGUCCACCAUUGUAAAUUCGAGUGGAUUAUCAAAUGAUGGGCUUCUGGCCGCCAUGGCUAGUCUUGCACAGAAUCUGGUAUCUGAAAAGAGUGUGAAGGAAAAGCUCCGUGAGCAGAUAUUAGCUGGAGACUUUCACAAGAAAAAUAUUUUGUGUCAAGGUGAUGCAAAUUUGCAGAACUCUGUUCCAUCAAGUCCUACAGUGGGUGUUCCUCAGCAAGCAUCCCAUGUAAUCCAAAGAAUUCCUCAAAGUGAUCAGCAUCAUUUUGGAAUUGAUGCUAAACUUUCCUCAGAACAUGUUUUCAAGACUGCCAGGGUUGCACCUAAUGAUGACUCUGCACAGAUCUCUGUGGCAUCUGUUUCUGUUGGCAGCGACGUAAACGAUGAAUCCACUAAUUCGCCUGUGCAGCAGGAAGAUGAUGUGACAGAAAUUCAGAGAGCGCUUGAAAGACUAGAUCUGGAUAGAGAAGUGUGUGAACGUGACCAGGCUACUAUUGAUCUUUCGAAGAAUGAUGGGUUGGCUAAACCGUCAAAUGUUAUGAACUCCACUGUCGAGAUGCCUGGUUUUUCCUGCGACAGUGAAAAUUGUGGUUACAGAGCCAUGACGAAGGAUGCCCUGUUCAAACAUCUCAUCAAACUACAUAACUACACAGAUGAUAUGCUCAAUCGAUACAGGAAGGACCAGGUUAAGUUGGCCCCAUUUACUUGUCAAGUAUGUUCCAAGAAUUUCACACGAAACUCAAACCUUAAAGUCCAUUAUCAGACUGUUCACAACUAUACACAUGAGCAGAUUGCAAAGCUCAGACUUAAACAUCAGUACAACCGAAAAUCCAUGGACUGUGAUGGAAGUCCUUGUCCCACCCCAAACAUCUCUGAUUUGCGAAAUCAAAGUGACAGUCCAGUACAAAAGACAAUCUGUGGUAGUGGGCAACAGCAGCACAUUGAUGCUGCUGGUCUGAAAGGUCUUGUGGCCACUGAUGCAAGAAUGAAAUCAGAAUGCAGUGUUCAGCCCUUUGCGCAGCAACCUCAUGUUAGUCCUUUGGACACAAGUCACCAAGGGACUAUGCAGACAGGCCUUGCAUCACCCUCCCAAAGUCAAGUGGUCAAUCAUCCAUCAGUGAUUAGAUCUGGUCCUUCGUUGGCAGCCCCCUCAAGCAUGGUGCAACAGUUAAAUGGACACUUGGCAUCAAAACCCUUUGCAUCCAGUCAACACAUCCCUGGAAUGCCACCUGGAGGGUUAUUACCUGCAAGUGCACCCCUUAUCCCUCUGACUCCAGCUGUCAGUGCCUCGACAAGCAAUCUGUCCCUAGACAAGAAAUCAAAACUGGGAAGACCUAAAUUGCCCAAACAACGAGAGGUACCCAAAAAGCCUAAGAAAACAGACACAGAUGAUGUUUUCAGCCCCUACAGGCCAUAUCGUUGUGUCCAUCAUGGUUGUGUGGCUGCCUUCACAAUCCAACAAAAUUUGAUUCUCCAUUAUAAAGCCAUACACCAGUCAGACCUCCCUAAAUUUGAAGACAAUAAUAACGAGGGACCAGAAGAGGAAGAAGAACACGAAGAUGUGGAAGAGCAUGAUAUACCUGAUAGUGAUGUCACUGAGGCAAAAGAAUUUCGGUGUCAAGUCAAAGACUGCUCUCGGAUAUUCCUGGUAGUCACGGACUUGUUGCAACAUUAUCUUCAGCUUCACAGGCUAAGCCUUGACAAAGCAGGUGCUAUGAUGUCUGGCAUGAACUUGGGCAAGUUCCCCUGUGACCAGCCAAAUUGUGCUGCUACCUUUACAGCGUUCUGGAAAUACGUUAGCCACAUCGACAAAGAACAUAAGUCUGUAAAAGUAUCCAAAGCAGAUCCUGUAGAGGGAAUAUACCGGUGUGAAGUAGAAGGCUGCGAAUGCUAUUACUCAACGCGGUCAAAUCUGCUGCGGCACACCAUGAAGAAACACCAGGAUGUUUACAAACUCCAACUAAUGAAGUCUAAAGGUGUCAAACUUGGCCGUCCUCGGAAGAACCCUUAUGCCUGCUUUGAGAAGGAAAACAGAGAAGUUAAUAAGAAACCUGAGAAGAAGGCAGGUGAGAAGAAGAGACGGGCAGAAAGGAACAACCACUGGACGAAAUACGGAAAGCCCAUUUUGAAAACCAAGGAAGAGGCCUCUGCCAUAUGCACCAAGAGGUUUCCAUUGCAGUACCCUUGUAUGAUCAAAGGCUGCGAGACUGUGGCUAGCUCUGAACGGCACAUAAUAAAGCAUUACGUCCAGCACGGUCUGCCAAAACAGUACUUGGAGGAGCAGAGGAGCAACUACAUACACUGCAAGAAGUUGCCCCGGUCGAGGUAUAAGCGCAUCACGUCAAGGAGCGACGACACUGACAAGUCAGACGACAGCUCCGUGGAGAUGUCUGAGAACGAGAGGGCUGCGGACCCUGUACGAAGCGGGUCUGAAUUUUCAAAGCCAGCAUCCGAAAAAGAGACCACAGAGGAUGCCAAACCGUCCACCGACACGAGUUCAGAAAUCUCUGUGGUGGUCAAGCGGAGAAGAGGACGCCCACGCAAGGCGGCCAUUAAUAAGAAUAAACUUUUAAUUCACAAAAGAGUGACGAGGCUAAGAACUGCACACAGUUACACCGUCAACUACGCAGAUGUAAACUCGGACUCCACCUCAUCCAGCGUCGUGCUGCCGCAAGAGGAGGUAUCUGAGCAAAAGUCAACGUUGAGCUCUUUCAAGCCGAUGGGCUUUGAGGUGUCCUUCCUUCAGUUCCUGGAGCAGUCCAGCCAGUCCACAGAAAAGAGGAAAGCUACGGUGGUGUUGGACGCGAUUCCGCGCAAGAAAACUACGACCGUGAAACUAAAGACUGCCUCGGUCGUGUGCAGUAGGUCAGAUGUACUGAAACUUGUCGAAUUUAAGAACCCCCAGAAGCUAACCUCCCUCAAAAACGUGACCUUUGAGGUGCACCGAGGGUUUUCAAACGUAUUUGAACUCCUGCUCAAACAGCUGCAUGAAAUGCGCCCAGCCGUGGUGAUUCAGAAAGAGGGUUCGUCUGACAGCAUCAAACAUUGAGGGGUGGUACUCGGGGCAUGACGUCCGACACGCACGGUGGAUUUAAACUGACGUGGUCUCUGUGUUCGGGCAGUAAACGUGCUGGUUGAGUUGUUUGUUGGAUUGUUUUUGUACGAUGAACAGUACAAACCCUUGACGUUAAUCGGCGCCUGCUAAUCACUCAACGGGACUGUGUGUAUUAAAGUCAUUUUGUAGUUGAAAACUAAACGCGCAGAUAAUUAUAUACCUCUAAAGCAUGCCCUUAUCAAGCUAUCCAGCACAGUUUGUUGCCUUUGGAAAUGAAACUUUUAAAGGAAUAGCAGAAGAUUUUACUUUUUGGAUAUUACACAGGACGUGAUUUACUUUGAAAGUAAAAUAGCCCCUCUUCCAGAUGGACUGAAACUUCUGUAGUGCAGUGUGUAGAUGAUUAACUGUUUUGGUCUCGUUUAUCUUGCGUUGUAAAUCUGAAAAUUGUCUAAUGUUGUGUCUGUGUGCACAUAACGGUUCUCUGGAUAAUUACUGCCACCAGCAGUCUGUACCUUCAACAACUGAGACCAAUUUAUUACAGCUUGCAUUUUGUACCACUGCGUUAUUGUCCUUAUUUCCCAGUUGGACAAGGUGUUUUGUCCUUGUUGACAUUAACUGUUUAUUGACACUCAUGUUUUUCCUGAUUGAUUAUUCUUUUACAUGAUGCACCCACGGCUGUUCUUUUAGGCUUUUCCGAAAACUCAGUUUUGGAUUUGGCCUGAAAGAGGGCUCUGAUGUGUAUGAAGCACCUUUAUAAUUCACACCAGGUUUUUAUUUGUUUGGUUAAUUGGGAGAUAAUGUAAAUGGGGGUUUUAUUGUAUGUAUUUUAGUUUGGUCACACGGUGAUGCACUGGAUAUAUUGCAUUUAUUAUAAAUGAUUCAAAGGUGAAA